AAGAAUAAAACUUAAGGUCGAAGUGAGCUGAAUUCAUAACUUGCUCUUGUUAUUUCCGAAAAAAUUUCGGGUUGGAAAAUUAAGAUUUGACCAUGUCUGCAGCCGAAUUACCACCUCCCGUUAGAGUUUCUCCUUUUAUUCGGGCCUGCAGAUAUGGAGCUCUAGCAACUGGCUUUACAUAUGGUGUUCUGAGAUACAAAUAUCUGAAGAGGAAAGAGACAAAGAGGAGAGAAUUUGAAAAUAAACAGAAAGCCAUUCUUGAUGCUAAGAAAGCAGAAGAGGCUAAAGUUAAUCAACGAAAUGAAAUGAUAUAUCUUGCUAAAGAAUGUGGCAUCAAGCCCCCAGAAGGAUUUUGAAGACCAAUAUAGAAAUUUUGUAGUAAGAUGCAUUGUUUAAAUUGUAACCAUCAAAUAUAAGUUUUGUAUUUGUUCAUAGUGAAUAAAUUAAACUAUUGUA